AUCAAGUAAUUGAAUAGACGCCAUAACUCUCACUAGUGACACUGAAUGAUUACUUGGUAUGAACUAACUGUAUCACUGAUUCUUGUAUUUAUAUUGUUCUCGUUUUCUGGUUACUACAAGAAAUUUCAAGAUAAUCAACUUUUAUGAACGUUUUAGAAUUGUGUCGUACGUCUUCUAGCAAACAAAUAUCUGAAAUAAAAUAUUAAAAAUAUUGCUUACAAAAUUGUUUUAUAACCUCACCUGGUAAAGGUUUUAUCCCCCUACCACCAUAGACAGAAGCGUAACGUUUUGUGACUGUAUGACACGAGUGAGCUGUUGUAAAAUGAAUAAUACUCGCAUUAUUUUCAGACAGUUUCAACAAGAUCUGCAGUUCUGCUUAAAAAGGAAAACUUAUCAGUCCAUCAAGAAAAGAGUGCUCAGUUCAGUCACUGCACCUGAGGAAGAACUGAUUAAGAAGUCUAUUAAAGAAAAAUUGCUAAAACAUUUUUGGCCUGUUUAUCUAGACGUCACCAAUGAAAGUAGUAAACACAACGUACCCAAAGGUUCAGAAACUCACUUUAGAGUCUGCAUUGUAUCGCAUCAAUUUGAUGAACAGUCACUUGUGCAGAGACACAGACAUGUGAACCAAGUUCUGCAAGAUGAAUUAAAAGGUCCUGUUCAUGCUCUAGCUAUCGAGACAUUUACACCUUCUCAGUGGGAAUCUAAUGAAAUAAGGAGAAAUAAGUCACCACCAUGUAGAGGUGGAAAGAGCAAAUAGGUGGUUUUUACCAAGAUACAACCUACUGGUUAGUUGUGAAAUCAAAACACACAAGAUUAUAUAGUUGGAGAAAAAAGAACAUUCAAAAACUUUUAUUUUCAGUGAAUGUUGUUGUUGUUUUUUAAAUUGAUAACAGGUGAAAAGUUUCUAUGCAGAAUUGACAAAAUUAGCAUAAAUAUUAAUGUCAUAUAUUUGUUUAAUAUGUGUAGUAAAAUUGUUUAGCAUUUAUAAAAAUAUAUAUAAAUUAUUGCAUUUGUAUUUCUACCAGUAACACAACAACUGCUUAUUAAGUAGUUGUAUUUGUCAGUCUUUGGAAUUUCCAGUAUCUUGCAAUAAAUUUAUGGUCUUAAUUGUAUUUCUGGGUUUGACAUCCACAUCUUCAGUAAGAUGUACAAGUUUUUUCCCCCCCUUCUUCACUGUAUUCCUGCCAAAGAAAUUAAUAAAAAGCUACCUUUGAA